GUGAACAAUUGAGCUCCAAAACACUGGUCAUUCCUCUCUUCACGAUUCCUGUACUGUAGCAAUGCCUUCCCAUAACAUUGUUGUUCUCGCUGGUGACGGUGUCGGCCCUGAGGUCGUCGCAGAGGCGUUCAAGAUCCUCAAGGUUGUCGAGAAGCACACAGACAACACAUUCAACUUCCAAGAGCACCUGUUUGGAGGUUGCUCAAUAGAUGCGCACAACAAUCCUCUCACAGAUGAAGCACUCGCAGCAGCAAAAGGCGCCGAUGCGAUCAUUCUCGGUGCUGUCGGCGGACCAAAAUGGGGAACUGGAAAGGUGCGUCCUGAACAAGGUAUCCUGAAGCUCCGCAAAGAGCUCGGAACGUUCGGAAACCUACGACCAUGCUUCUUCGCGUCCGACUCGCUCGUCGACUCAUCACCCCUCAAAGCCGAAAACGUCCGCGGCGUAAACUUCAACAUCAUCCGCGAACUCACUGGAGGCAUAUACUUUGGCGAGAGGAAAGAGGAUGAGGGCGACGGCAAGGCCAUGGACACGGAGCCAUACAGCGUCGAGGAGAUUGAGCGCGUUGUGCGGUUAGCGGGUAGCCUCGCAUCUGCUGAGAACCCGCCGGUUCCCGUCUGGAGUUUGGACAAGGCAAACGUUCUUGCGACUUCGAGGUUAUGGAGGAAGACAUUCGAGCGCAUCAUGAAGGACGAGUACCCACACCUCAAGUCUGGAACCCACCUGAUUGAUUCGGCGGCCAUGCUUAUGAUCAAGAACCCGAGAGCGCUGAACGGUGUUGUAGUUACAAGUAAUCUGUUCGGUGACAUUAUCAGUGAUGAGGCUAGUGUUAUCCCGGGAAGUCUGGGUCUGCUACCAAGUGCCAGUUUGGGCGGUAUUCCAGAUGGCAAGACGAAGUUGAACGGCAUCUACGAGCCCAUUCACGGUUCCGCACCCGAUAUUGCUGGCCAGGGCAUCGUGAACCCCAUCGCGACCAUCCUGUCCAUCAGUAUGAUGUUCAAGUACUCGCUGUGUCUGCCUGAGCUUGCGCUGAAGAUUGACGAGGCAACAAAAAUCACCAUCGACAAGGGCGUACGAACCGGUGAUAUCGGAGGAACAUCGAAAACGGCCGAGGUCGGUGAUGCGAUAGCUGCUGAGCUCGAGACUCUGUUGAAGAAGUAGAGUGAGUGAGCGCAAAAAAGAAUUGCGUGGUGGAGAACAGCCAUGUAGAGGGGUAGAUAAAGAAUACCUCGCUGAACAGUGAACAUCAGUGAUGUCGCCCAAAAUGGCCAGCUUCGGAAUGAUUUUCGCUACGCUCGCACUUGU